CUCAGCCUGGGCGCCUCCGCCUUCCCCCACCACAGGGCUACCUUGAGACUCUCCGAAAAAUUUAUCCUGCUCCUUAUUCUCAGUGCCUUCAUCACCCUGUGCUUCGGGGCGUUCUUCUUCCUCCCCGACUCCUCGAAGCACAAGCGCUUUGACCUGGGCUUGGAGGAUGUGCUCAUUCCCCAUGUGGACACCAGCAAAGGCGGCAAGAGCCUCGGCGGCUUCCUCAUCCACGGGCAAGGGCACGAUGAGCACCGGCACAGAGAAGAAGAGGAACGUCUGAGAAAUAAGAUCCGAGCAGAUCAUGAAAAGGCUCUGGAAGAGGCUAAGGAGAAAUUGAAGAAAUCACGUGAUGAGAUUCAAGCUGAGAUUCAGACAGAAAAGAACAAAGUAGUGCAAGAGUUGAAAAAGAAAGACAGCAAGCCACUGCCCCCUGUUCCUUUACCAAAUCUUAUAGGCAUAAACAGUGGAGAACCAGCAGACCCGGAUAUCCGAGAGAAGAGGAACAAAAUUAAAGAGAUGAUGAAGCAUGCCUGGGACAAUUAUAGGCAAUAUGGAUGGGGACAUAAUGAGCUCAAACCAAUAGCCCGGAAAGGACAUUCCACCAACAUAUUCGGAAACUCGCAAAUGGGUGCUACCAUAGUAGAUGCAUUGGAUACUCUUUAUAUCAUGGGGCUUCACGAUGAAUUCAGAGAAGGACAAGAGUGGAUUGACAAAAAUCUUGAUUUCAGUGUGAAUUCCGAAGUGUCUGUUUUUGAGGUUAAUAUUCGCUUCAUUGGUGGUCUUCUAGCAGCAUACUACCUUUCAGGACAAGAGGUUUUCAAGAUCAAAGCAGUCCAACUGGCAGGAAAACUUCUUCCAGCCUUCAACACACCUACGGGUAUACCAUGGGCAAUGGUGAAUCUGAAAAGUGGUGUGGGUCGCAACUGGGGCUGGGCUUCUGCUGGCAGCAGCAUCCUCGCUGAGUUUGGUACUCUGCACAUGGAAUUCGUCCACCUCAGCUAUUUGACAGGGGACCCUGUGUACUACAACAAGGUCAUGCACAUUCGGAAGUUACUUCAAAAAAUGGAUCGUCCUAAUGGACUUUAUCCAAACUAUUUGAAUCCAAGAACAGGCCGAUGGGGUCAGCAUCACACAUCCGUGGGCGGGCUGGGAGACAGUUUUUAUGAAUAUUUAUUGAAAGCCUGGCUUAUGUCAGACAAGAUGGACACGGAGGCAAGGAAAAUGUACGACGAUGCAAUUGAGGCCAUAGAAAAGCAUCUCAUCAGGAAGUCCAACGGAGGACUGACCUUCAUUGGGGAGUGGAAGAACGGGCACCUUGAAAGAAAGAUGGGCCAUUUGACCUGCUUUGCCGGGGGAAUGUUUGCCCUUGGAGCAGAUGGCUCCAGAGACGAUAAAGCUGGACAUUACCUGCAGCUUGGAGCUGAAAUUGCACAUACGUGUCACGAGUCGUAUGACAGGACAACAUUAAAGCUGGGUCCAGAAGCAUUCAAAUUUGAUGGUGGUGUAGAGGCGGUGGCAGUGCGGCAGAAUGAGAAGUAUUACAUCCUAAGACCAGAGGUGAUUGAGACCUACUGGUAUAUGUGGAGAUUCACCCACGAUCCCAAGUACAGGCAGUGGGGCUGGGAGGCAACACAGGCAAUUGACAAGUAUUGCCGAGUCAGCGGUGGCUUUUCUGGUGUCAAGGAUGUCUAUUCCUCAUCUCCUACAUAUGACGAUGUACAGCAGAGCUUUUUCCUUGCUGAAACUUUGAAGUAUUUGUAUCUGCUUUUCUCCAACGAUGACCUUCUACCAUUAGACAACUGGGUUUUUAACACAGAAGCUCAUCCUCUGCCUGUUUUGCAUUUAGCCAACACCACACUGUCAGGAAAUCCUGCAUAUCGAUAAAAGCAGCUCUAUGAAGAGGAGUAGAGACUGUUUUCAGCUCUGUUUUGUUUACAUGGACCACUUGAGACUUUAAGCAGGAGAGGAGACAGACACUUGAUAAGACUAGACCUCUGAGUCAAGCAAGUACUGGCGUGAGAAACGAAGCUCUUCAACAUAUAGAUAAGUUAAAAGUUCUGUUUUAUACAUGACCAAAACACGUUAGUCUGGUAUUUGCAGGACAGAGACUUCAUACGCUUUGAACCCCUAGCAAGACAUGGAAUCUACUGUUUAAUAUAAAUGCAGCAGCGUAAGGAAGAAGAGGCUUUCCCAUCCAGGGAGAGGAACUUGCUGGUGUUGGCUGUUGCAAGGAACAACGCACUAGUCACCUCUUCAGAGCGGGUGGGUUCCAAAUACCUAGAUUUUCAUUUUCUUUUGUUUUGUGUUUGAUGAUGGCAUGAACAAAGCAACAACAAAAAGCAACAUCACUGCACCAGCAGCAUCAGGAUUUGAAUUUUUUUCUGUACCUG